GUGCUCCACUGAACAGGGCAGCUUGUUCCUGAGGAGCUCUGUGAAGAUGAGCCGCCCCCUAAAGAGGUGUCCUGCAUGAUGGCGUGUUCAGGUGACUGUGUGCUCAGCUCAUGGUCUGAUUGGUCCUCCUGCUCCCACAGCUGCUCCAGUAAAAACUCAGAGGGCAGACAAAGCCGCACACGGACCAUAUUAGGCUUGCCGGGAGAAGCUAAGGCAUGUCCAGCUGCUACUGCUCUGGAGGAGUGGAGAACUUGUAAUGAUCAUCCAUGCAUCACGUUCUACUGGGAAGCGUCGCCAUGGGGACCAUGCAUUGAGGACUCCUCCAUGAAUCUAAAUGGCACCGGCUACUGGAACGGAACAGCCACCUGUGCAGUCGGUGUGCAGAUUCGUAAAGUGGUCUGCAUGAAAAUGGGCAUCGGGCCAGUUAUUCCCAAAAGGUGUCCAGAAUCUGCCCGACCAGACACUAUUCAGCCCUGUUUACUGCCCUGUAAGAAAGAUUGCAUUGUGACUCCUUUCAGUGAAUGGACAGCCUGCCCUACCACAUGCCUGCCAGUGAACAGCAGCAUGCCCUCGCAGUCACGAUUCAGGAUCAUCAUCCAGCGGGCGGCCAAUGGGGGUCAAGAGUGUCCAGAUACUUUAUAUGAGGAGAGAGAAUGUGAGGCUCUUCUGGUUUGUCCUAUUUACAGAUGGAAGACACACAGAUGGCAUCCAUGUACUCUGGUCCCAGAUUCUGUCCAGCAGGGAAUGACGGGAGCCAGUGAAUCGUGUGGUAAAGGAUUAGAGAUGAGAGGAGUGAGCUGUGUGGAUGAGUAUGAUGAGAUGGCAGCUGUGUCAGAGUGUCUCCAGUGGGCCGGGCCGAUGCCGUCACGCUUCAGGAGCUGCUGGGUGCCAUGCAGGGAUGACUGCACCUUCAGUUCCUGGUCUAAAUUCUCUGAAUGCUCUGGCUGUGGAAGCCGACGUACACGCAAACGCACACUAACAGGUUGGAGCCGGAAACAAGACCGCUGUCAGCGGAAAGACUUGUACCCUCUGGUGGAGUCUGAGCCCUGUCCGUGUGAGGAGUUUGUUUCUCAGCCAUGUGGUAAUUGGACGUCUUGUAUCCUAUCGGAGACCCCAGCACAAGGAUCCCUCCAGGGAUGGAGGGGUCAGCAAGAGGCGCGUGACUGCGGUCAGGGAUUGCGUUAUCGUACUGUGGUCUGUCUGGACCACGGAGCCCACCUGGUUAGCCCAGACCGCUGCAGUGAAUCUGGUCUGGUGAAGGAGGUCUGCCACAUACCCUGCCCUCUGGACUGCAAGCUGAGCGACUGGUCGCCGUGGUCGGCCUGCAGCGCCUCCUGUGGCAGCGGGCUGAAAAUCAGAUCCAAAUGGCUACGGGAGAAGCCGUUCAAUGGCGGGCGGCCAUGCCCCAAACUAGACCUGAAGAAUCAGGCUCAGGUGUAUGAGGCUGUGCCCUGUCGAAGUGAGUGCGGUCAGUACGAGUGGGUAACAGACCCCUGGUCAGUCUGCACCAUCAACACAGUGGACGAGCUGCCAGCCUGUGGUGAGGGUGUCCAAAGCCACAAGAUUCGGUGUGUGAGGCGUGGCAGUGGGGAUCUGGUUAGCAGUGUGAAUGAGACCCUGUGCGACCAGGAAGAAAUCCCUCUCCAAGCUCAGACCUGCAUCCUGCCAUGCCCUAAUGACUGUGUGAUGUCCCAGUGGAGUCAAUGGAGCACCUGUUCAAUAUGCAUUCACAGAUGUCUCUUCACGUACAUCUCUGUUGCAGGUGUUAUGAUUCGCUCUCGCAGCAUGCUUCAGCAAGCUCAUGAAGAGGGACGCCCGUGCGCCUCUCAGCUUUCCCUGACCAAACCCUGUCCCAUCAGCCCCUGCUACACGUGGCUUCUGAGCGAUUGGUCUCCCUGCACAGUGGAGGGGGCAGAAUGUGGAGAGGGCAAGAGGGAGAGGAACCUGACGUGUGUGGUGCACUGGUCAGACUGGCCGGACAACUCCUUCCCUUCGAAAACGGUAGAGGACGAGAAAUGUGGAGACCGGGUGAGAAAGGAAAGCGAGCAGGAACUGCAGCAGCCCUGUUUCGUCCCCUGUCCAGGUGUUAUGAUUCGCUCUCGCAGCAUGCUUCAGCAAGCUCAUGAAGAGGGACGCCCGUGCGCCUCUCAGCUUUCCCUGACCAAACCCUGUCCCAUCAGCCCCUGCUACACGUGGCUUCUGAGCGAUUGGUCUCCCUGCACAGUGGAGGGGGCAGAAUGUGGAGAGGGCAAGAGGGAGAGGAACCUGACGUGUGUGGUGCACUGGUCAGACUGGCCGGACAACUCCUUCCCUUCGAAAACGGUAGAGGACGAGAAAUGUGGAGACCGGGUGAGAAAGGAAAGCGAGCAGGAACUGCAGCAGCCCUGUUUCGUCCCCUGUCCAGGCUAUCGUUGA